CCCGCCGCCGCCGCCGCCCUCGUCGCGCGGGGCUCCGCGCCCCCGGCUGCUGCCCGCGUCCGGCCCGGGAGCCAGGUUCUGUGCGAGGGUCGCCCUUUGUCAUUAUGCGAUGUCGUCUCUCGGCACCUCCUUUGUGCAGAUCAAAUUCGAUGACUUGCAGUUUUUUGAAAACUGCGGCGGAGGGAGUUUUGGGAGUGUCUACCGAGCCAAAUGGAUCUCCCAGGACAAGGAGGUGGCGGUGAAGAAGCUGCUGAAGAUCGAGAAGGAGGCAGAAAUCCUCAGUGUCCUCAGCCACAGAAACAUCAUCCAGUUUUACGGAGUCAUUCUCGAGCCUCCCAACUACGGCAUCGUCACAGAAUAUGCUUCUCUGGGGUCUCUCUACGAUUACAUCAACAGCAACAAAAGUGAGGAGAUGGACAUGGAUCACAUCAUGACCUGGGCCACCGAUGUAGCCAAAGGAAUGCACUAUUUACACAUGGAGGCACCGGUCAAGGUGAUUCACAGAGACCUCAAGUCAAGAAACGUUGUGAUAGCCGCUGAUGGAGUACUAAAGAUCUGUGAUUUCGGUGCCUCCCGGUUCCAUAACCAUACAACACACAUGUCCUUAGUUGGAACUUUCCCCUGGAUGGCUCCAGAAGUUAUCCAGAGUCUCCCCGUGUCGGAAACUUGUGACACAUAUUCCUAUGGUGUGGUUCUCUGGGAGAUGCUAACAAGGGAGGUCCCCUUUAAAGGUUUGGAAGGAUUACAAGUAGCUUGGCUUGUAGUGGAAAAAAACGAGAGAUUAACCAUUCCCAGCAGUUGCCCCAGAAGUUUUGCUGAACUGUUACACCAGUGUUGGGAAGCUGAUGCCAAGAAACGGCCGUCGUUCAAGCAGAUCAUUGCCAUCCUGGAGUCCAUGCGCAACGACACGAGCCUUCCUGACCAGUGCAACUCGUUCCUGCACAACAAGGCGGAGUGGAGGUGUGAAAUUGAGGCCACCCUGGAGAGGCUAAAGAAACUAGAGCGCGACCUCAGCUUUAAGGAGCAGGAACUUAAAGAACGAGAGAGACGUUUGAAGAUGUGGGAGCAGAAGCUGACGGAGCAGUCCAACACCCCGCUUCUCUUGCCUCUUGCUGCUGCAAGAAUGUCUGAGGAGUCUUACUUUGAGUCUAAAACAGAGGAGUCAAACAGUGCAGAGAUGUCCUGUCAGAUCACGGCCGCGAGUAACGGGGAGGGCCACGGCGUGAGCCCCAGCCUGCAGGCCAUGAUGCUCAUGGGCUUUGGGGACAUCUUCUCCAUGAACAGAGCAGGAGCCGUGCUGCACUCGGGGGUGCAGAUAAACAUGCAGGCCAAGCAGAACUCCUCCAAAACCACGUCCAAGAGGAGGGGGAAGAAGGUCCACAUGGCCCUGGGGUUCAGUGAUUUUGACCUGUCAGAAGGUGACGAUGACGGUGAUGACGGUGAGGAGGAUGGCCUGGACAACAAUAGCGAAUGAAAGCAGAAAGCCGAGUGAGAAAAUCGAGACUGUCCAGAGACACGAGCGAAAGAGCAAGAAACUCGCUAUCUCAGUCUGUGCAGACCCCAGUGGAGGAGGCAGAAAACCCAGCACGCAUGUCUAGGCCAACACACUUACAUGACAGUCGUUUCUUUAUCAGUUUCACUUUUGAUUUCUUGGCUUACAGAAAAAACGGGGCCGGGGGGUGGGGUGGGGGGAAUUAAACCAGAGCGGUAUUUAUGAAUCAGCAAGUCGGUGCCUGAUUAUAGAAACCUGUGGUCCUCUACACACUGUGCUGUUUUUAAACUGGUGACACUCUGCCUUUGUCUUUUCCAAUGAGAACGUCAGCGUUUGUCAUUGACUUGGUUUCCUCCAUCCGGUUGGUUGGGAAAGCUAACAUUUGGGGCAAGCGCUCUUCACCCCUCACUGUCCCUGACACCGGAUCCUUCCCUAGCGUGUCUGUCUGUUCUUACGGCAACGCUCCCUAAGGGGUCAGCAAUGGCUGCUGCGUGGCUUUCAGAUCCAGCCACUAGGAAACAGAGCCGAGAGAAGGGCAGAGCAAAAUGUUGUUCCAGGAACAGCUAAACAGCAAGAAUUUCCUGUAGCCCACGUGCAGAAGAAGUGCUCUGAUUUGAAACCAACCAGCAGACGCUGCAGGCUUUGUCAGCUGUCCCAGCCGUGGCAUCGAGGACAGGGACCCCUGCAGGCCUGUGAGUGCUGUGUCCACGCCUGCCCUGCUGUCUCAGCUGGGGCUGGGUGUGGCUGGUUGUCUUCCACGGACAUGUAUAAUCAUCCUGGAUGCUAAAUGUACAUGCAGAUAUUUAAAUAGGAAAAUAAGCGUUAUAAAAGGAAGAGCGAAGGCAAGGUGUCCUUCCUUGGGCAGAAGUGCUGGCUGAAGGGUUCUGUCCUCGCCAAGGCCGGCCUGCCCAGAGCCCUGCUCAGAGCAGGGAGGCCCUGAGAGAAGCCAGUCCCAGGGCCGCUCUGUAAACCUCGCUGCCCCUUGGCACACAGGACGUUAGCACGCGGUCCUCGUCAGCGCCUGCUUAAACGAUCAAACACUGUUUAAAUCAAAUCGCAGGGGCUGGCACCGUGGCUCACUAGGUUAAUCCUACGCCCUGCACCACCAGCAUCCCAUAUGGGCGCCGCGUUCUAGUCCCAGUUGCUCCACUUCCAGUCCAGCUCUCUGCUGUGGCCCGGGAAGGCACUGGAGGAUGGCCUAGGUGCUUGGGCCCCUGCACCCAUGUGGGAGACCAGGAGGAAGGACCUGGCUCCUGGCUUCAGAUCGGCGUAGCUCUGGCCAUAGCGGCCAUUUGGGGGGUGAACAAUGGAAGGAAGACCUUUCUCUGUCUCUCACUAACUCUGUCAAAUAAAUAAAUAAAUAAAAAUUAAAUCACAAACACCUGUAAGUUGACAGACAAAAGGACAAAGACUUUUCCUAUCUAAAUUCAUUCAUGUGUUAAACUAAAAUGCUUCUGGUGGUUCUUUAUUUUCUUUUUUUAUAAAGAUUGAUUUUAUGUAUUUGAAAACUGGUGUUAGAGAGAGAGAGAGAUCUUCUAUCUGCUAGUUCACUUCCCAAAUAGCCACAAUGGCUAGGGCUGCGGCAGUCUGAAGCCAGGAGCCAAGAGCUUUUUCCUGAUCUCCCAUGUGGGUGCAGGGGCCCAAGCACUUAGGCCACCUUCCGCUGCUUUCCCAGACACAUUAUCAGGGAGCUGGAUCGGAAGUGGAGCAGCCAGGACUUGAACCAGUGCCCAUAUGUUGGUGGUUCUUUCUAUGGAAGUUUUAAGACAGGAUACCAUCACAGAUGUUAGCUAACACUGUCUCUAAGUAUAUUUGAUCUUAAAAAUGUGCAGAGUUGCUGACUCUCACCCCCACAGAGAACUGAGAAUUACAGCUGAGUGACCAGCAUGCUGCGCGAGCUUAUCUGGAGAGAGGUAAACAGAUAGCACGCCUUGGCUGUGAGCUGUAGAACAGUCUUCACAGCCUUGUGACGCAGGCAGCACCCAGAGUCUGAUCAUGGCUCCAAGCCCUGGGUCCAGGUGCUUCACAGCCCUGGGCUAAUUGUUGAGUCCAUGUUAUGCUCAUCUUGAACAAGUGACAAAUGAAAACCUACUUCUAAAGACUGUCGCGAUAUUAUAGGUAGGGCCAUGUGUGAGGCACUUCAUACAGUACCAGGCCCAUGGUAAGUGACCAGUAGACAUUAGCUUAACGUCAUUAACUGUGCCAGUGAAAAGACUCUGAAAAAUAAGCAGUUUCAGUAAUCUCAGUGAUCAGUUUCAAGUGAUACUUGCUUAAUAGCAUGAAAUGAAAUUUUAAAUGGCUAGCUUUCAGGACAGAUAAAGAGAACAUUCUUAGAACGUAAGCUGUACAAACACAUUUGUUCUGUUGCUCUGGCAAAACCAAGAGCCCUGGCCAGACUCACCUGGUCGGAGGUGCUGCAGGCCAGUGCAGGUGCACCUUUCUCCUGGAAGCGGGGCUCCCCACACCCCCGCUCUGCCAUGCUCUCUCUGUCUCUGCACAGCAGAUGCAGGCCCAUGCCCCACAGGCAGGCAGCCUGUCCAUGCCCAGACACGGAGGAACGCUCCCUGACUCAAGCAGAAAAUCCUGGAGUGGAGCAGAGGCAGGAGUUGCCACUGUUGGCUGCCCAGCCUGCCCUGGGGCAGGAGGGCCCAGCAGCCGGAAGCAGACAGCCAAAGGCCUGGGGUGUACACGCCUCUUGCACUUCUUCCUGGCAGAGGUAAAGUCAUUUGUUCAGCGGAUACGGACUGAGCCCCUUCUCUGUGCCAGGUACUGCUCUAGGGACUGGCUAGAUGAAAGUCUUGGCGCUCAUGGACCUCAUGGGCUAGUGAAUGGUGAGCCACAGUCAACAAAUGCAUCAUUCAACAUGCUAGGGAGAGAUAAAAAUGGGGAAAAGAAACAACACAGCACGGGGGUCAGGCCCAUGUGAUCAGGAAAGGCCUCACGGACAGGGAAGCAGAGAGCUGCGAUGGUGAGUGGUGUCCACGAGCUACGAGAUCUGUGCACUUGAUGUGAAAACAUAAACCUUGCCACUCGUGUCAGAGUAGUCAGCAACACAUUCGCAACAUAGAAGCCCAGUGAAACUGGGCAAGGCAUUUUUUUUUAACUCUACAUAGAAAUCCAUCUACUUAAAAAUAGUUUUGGUGCAUUAGUAAAACAUCCAAAUAGGCCAACAGGACUAAAAGAGAAAAGCAACAGGACUCUGCCUACAGCCAGACUGACCGGUAGUUAGGCAGUGUUUCCCUCGCCUCGUAACUGCUGCCGUCUUCCGGGGGGGCUGUAGCUCAGGACUCAACCUUGCAGGAGCUGUGAGCUCAGAUACAGCAGAACGGGCCUCAGUGACGAGCUGAGAACCGAGCUGUGGGUCCUGACUAUGUCACAUUGGCUAUUCUACCUUGUAGUGGUCUGAAAAUGUUAAAAAGGCCCUGACAUCUGAGUCAUCCAAAUGAAAUUUUAUACUGCUCUCUGUGUAUAAAGAUUACUUAGAAGACUUUAGACUGUUUUCC